UCGACCGGCUUCAAGGUUGGCGUAGGUGCUCCCCAGGUGGCGUCGACCGGCUUCAAGGUUGGCGUAGGGGCUCCCCAGGUGGCGUCGACCGGCUUCCAGGUUGGCGUAGGGGCUCCCCAGGUGGCGUCGACCGGCUUCCAGGUUGGCGUAGGGGCUCCCCAGGUGGCGUCGGCCGGCUUCCAGGUUGGCGUAGGGGCUCCCCAGGUGGCGUCGGCCGGCUACCUGAGCAAGCAAGUUGCUCCUGCUCUGGUUAAAUCUGUGACUGGAAUGCAAGUGAACCCUGAUAGUGUGAGGGUUGUAUGUGGGGAGGAUUCGGUUAUGGUGGAUGUGCUACGAGACCUUCUAGCUAUUGGCCAGCUGAUCAAUGCUUCAGACAUCACUUUUGGUGGCUGUGCACCCAUUGGGCAGGAUGCUUCUGGCACAGUGAGGUUUCAGUCUGUGCUGCAGGGCUGUGGAAGUACACUGAUGAUGACUGCUGAUGCCCUGGUUUACAGCUUUGCAUUGAUCUACACCCCCAGUGGUAUUAAUGGCAGCCCCAUUGUGAGGACCAAUGGUGCUGUGGUUGGCAUUGAGUGUCACUAUUUGAGGAAACAAAAUGUGAGCAGCAAUGCCCUGGUGCCAACAUGGAUCCCCUACUAUGCCACAAUGGCGGCUGAGGCACAACUGAAUUUCUCACUGAGGCUGAUGGAUGGUAGGCAAGGGGUUCAUGCAGCAUAUCUGGCUUUACUCAGUGGGCUUGUCCUCAAGUCUAUGUGCCCUUUGUGCAGAUGCAUGGCAGAAUGAGAGGGCCUCCAACGUGUACUUCCUGGGAAGUGUCCUGAACAUUGAAGCCUCUGUCCUUGUGGGCAACGGUCAGCCCCUGCGUGUCUUUGUGGACAGCUGUGUGGCCACCUUGGUCCCUGAUGUGACCUCUGUCCCAAGCUAUGCCAUUGUGCAGAACUCUGGGUGAGUAACAUUGCAUGGCUGUGACACCGCUUGGGCAAUGCUGCUUGACAUGCCUGGCCUUCAGGUGCCUGACUGAUGCCAAGGUGACAGGAUCCCGCUCCCAGUUCCUGCCCAGGAAGCAGGAUGACAAGCUGCAGCUUCAGCUGGAUGCUUUCAGGUUCUCUCAGGAUGGCAGGAGCUCACUGUACAUUACUUGCAGCCUGAGAGCAACAGUGGCUUCUGUGCCUGUGGAUUCCCAACACAAGGCUUGUUCCUUCUCUCUCGCCGCUAACAGGUGGGUGUCUGUGGAUGGGAAUGACCAGGUGUGUGGCUGCUGUGACACCAGCUGUGGGCUUGCAGGUGUAGCAGGUACGCUUGGC